AUGCUCUAGUACUCUGUGAUAGGCUAUAUUUGAAAGAUCAACGAAGCUAAUUUGUGCUUGUUCCACAGAGCUAGUUUCUCCUCUAUUACGAACUAGAAAAAGAAAAGUGUUCAGGAAUCAACCAUGUCGACUUCUGCUGGGCUUGUGAUUCAUUGCAAAGCUGCGGUUGCAUGGGAAGCAGGGAUGCCACUGGUUAUAGAGCAAGUAGAGGUUGCUCCACCACAGGCCAUGGAGGUAAGGAUCAAGAUCAAAUACACCUCACUUUGCCGCACAGAUCUCCACUUCUGGGAAGACAAGCUCAACACACAUUUGUUUCCUCGAAUAUUUGGCCAUGAAGCAGCAGGAAUUGUAGAAAGUGUUGGCGAAGGAGUAAAAGACCUUGAUGUGGGGGAUCAUGUUCUUCCAGUAUUUACAGGGGAAUGUGGAGAUUGUCAGCACUGCAAGUCUGAGGAAAGCAACAUGUGUGACCUUUUAAGAACAAAUCCAUUCAGAGGAGUCAUGCUUGCUGAUGGAAAAUCAAGGUUUUCUAUCAAGGGAGAUCCAAUAAACCACUUUCUAGGCACCUCUACCUUUAGUGAGUACACAGUUAUCCAUUCAGGCUGUGUUGCGAAGAUCAAUCCAUUGGCACCUCUGGACAAAGUAUGCAUCCUCAGCUGUGGCAUCUCAACAGGAUUGGGUGCAAUUUUUAAAGUGGCAAAUCCUAAAAAGGGUUCCUCAGUUGCUAUCUUUGGAUUGGGAGCUGUUGGUUUAGCUGCUGCCGAAGGCGCAAGACUUGCUGGAGCAUCAAGGAUUAUUGGGGUGGAGAGGAGCAACAAGAGAUUUGAGGAAGCCAAGAAGUUUGGAGUAACUGAAUUUAUUAACCUUAAAGAACAUGACAGACCAAUUCAAGAGGUUAUCACAGAAAUAACAAAUGGUGGGGUUGACAGAAGUAUAGAAUGCACUGGCAAUAUGGAAAACAUGAUUGCAGCAUUCGAGUGUGUUCAUGAUGGAUGGGGUGUGGCAGUACUAGUUGGAGUACCAAAUAAGGAUGCAGUCUUUAUGACGAAGCCAGUCAAUGUUCUUAAUGAAAGGACACUGAAAGGAACUUUCUUUGGCAACUACAAAGCUAGAACUGACCUCCCCUCUGUGGUUGAUAUGUACAUGAACAAGGAAUUGGAACUGGAGAAGUUUAUAACACAUCAACUCCCUUUCUCAGAAAUCAAUAAGGCCUUUGAGCUCAUGGAGAAGGGGCAGGGUUUGAGGUGCAUAAUCAGCAUGGAAGACUAAAAUUCUGAAGAAUAACAAUUAAUGUUAUGUUUCUACUUUGAUGUUAAACUGAGUGUCAUCUAUCUAUGAUACAAGUUCAGCAACAGGAUUGAUCUAUUUGCGAUUA